UCGGCUAACUCGACCGCCCGCACAUCGGCCGUGACCGACGACGAACAGCCCGCAAAACUGCGACAGGGCCAUUCCAGCCCCAGGACCACCAUCUUGGACCUCGUCUCCAGUACCGCCUCGUCGUCCGCUCUGCCCGAGUCCUUUGGCUUCUUUGUUUCUCGCAAAGGCUCGCUCAUCGCCAUAUACGGAGCGACCAACAUCUGGCUGAUCAAUGCUACCCAGCUGCCGCGGCUGUUCACACGCAUACUCGAGGUACGGAGGAAGCCAGUGGCCUUGGAUAUCUUGGACGAUGGGACAUUGCUCGCCGUGCUCUCUACUCCCAGCAAGGUAGAUGUGUACCGACUCCCUAGCGAAGGAGACCAACCAAUUGUGAAGGAGAGGACUAUCCUGCUAGAGUACGACUCCAAUUCUAUAGCCCUGACUCCAGAAGGCCUCGUGCUGGCCACUGGAAAUGAAUUUGGCAUUGAGGUCAUGUCUUUGGCACCGAACGCGACCGAGGCAAAUAAGCGCUAUGUCUCAUCUCCACGGAUGGAUACCUUGCAAUUCUCGGAUGACGGAAGGACCCUUUUGGCAACCACAUUCGCCCGCCAGUCAGGCACGUCUACCAUAUUCACUGUACACGGCGCUUUCGACGGCCCAUUCACCGAAGAAGGAAUCCCAAUUCAACAAGAGGUAGACAAGGCGUGGACUACACAGAUACUGUUUCCAGAAAAGAUCAAAGUCGCUCGACAGGCUAGUCUACUCCCCGAUUCAUCCACCGGCCAGGUCAACGAACUGUUUGCUUUUGAUGCAACGGAGGGCUCCUGGGGCAUUUUCGACUUGGCAGGUUUAACAUUUACAGAAAAGAAGGAUUUUCUCCCUGAAGAGCAGCGGUGGACACGUGCUGAGUUUUUAGAUGAUGCUCUGCCGGCGGUCUCCCCGAAGGCGGAUCAUGUCGCCAUCGCUCUCAGGAAGCAGAACACGACGAGCAUUUGGUUCUAUCGUAUUCCCGAAUCCUCACUAGGAGAAGACCCAUCAUACAAGCUCAAUGCGGAGCACGGGAGUGACCAAUCACCGCUAGAACCGUGUGCUUGCAUACCAGUGCUUCAAGGAGAUGCUUCCAUGCAUCAAGAAAUAGCUGCCUUGCGUUGGACAACCAUUCCGGACAGUCCUAACGUCGAGCGGCUGAUUGCAAUUGGAAAUGUGUCACGUGGUAUUACUUUUGGUGGGGAUGAGGAAUUGCGCCCCUUGUCCCACAGCUCGAGUGGCGUAGUAGUGGUAAUGGAUUUCGACCGGACCAGAACGGGGCCUACAGACAACGCCGUUCCGAUCAGGACGACAUACGACCUGGAUACUCUCCUACCAGGAGAAAAGCUUCCUGAAGAGAAUAUCGAGUUCGAGCGAGAAGUGGAGCUCGUGCGUACCCGGACGGUCGCUCAACGCAGGACGGCUGAUCGGGCAGCUACGAGAACUGCUAGAAAUUCUAGAGCUCUCGGUAGAUCUCAGACAACAAGCAGCCGCGAAGCAACCGCAGAGCGAAGACCUCCGCUGCCAACCAUCAUUAGGAAUGACGAAGAGGAUGAUGAACUCGACGGGGACGAGGUCCAAGCAGCAUUCGAGGUCCCAUACGAUCAUUCCCAGCCACGAUCUCAAAUGUCUCUUCAGCGGGCGGCAACCGUUGCGGCCGUAUCUCCUGCCAAUAGGAGGCACCUUCGCGCCCUUCCUUUCCGGCCCCUAGAUUAUAGGAGAGCGGAUGGUACGCGGGAAAUACCUCAUGAGUCCGACGCCGAUAACUGGGUACCGCCACCUCCACCAUAUACACCUAAUGCCGACCCUCCUGGACCUGAGGCUACCAGUAUCAGUCUGACGCACCCGCUGGGCCCC